AUGGCGCCGCCAGCAGACGCAAGCCCAGCAGAGGCUACAUACGCAGAUGAGCCACUAUCCCUCGACGAGCAAGUCAUCGCCAAGGUCCAGGGUGGUGACUUCAUCGUUGACUGGCUCAGCCCAGACGAUAAGGGCUGCCCGCAGAACCUGCCCACGCCCCGUAAAUGGCUUAUUACGCUAGUACUGGCGCUAUACGUUCUAUCGACGACCUUCUCGUCGUCCGUAUUCAGUGCCGCUGCCGUCGUGACGGCCGCGGAGUACAACACCACGGUGCAGAACAUGGUCUUUGGCGGUACUUCGCUCUUCAUGCUUGGGUUUGCCGUUGGUCCUAUCAUCUUUGGGCCUCUUUCAGAACGCUAUGGGAGAAGGCGCCCCCUGAUGGUCGGCUACGUAACAUUCGCCCUGCUCCAGCUCCCGGCAGCCAGCGCUCAAAGCCUCUACACAAUCUUCGUCUUCCGCUUCCUGCAGGGCGUCUUUGGCGCCGCGCCGUCCGCAAUUCUCAGCGGCACGCUCGCCGACAUUUGGACCCCGAAGCAGCGGGGCUUUGCCAUGCCCUGCACGGGCACCUUCCUCAUGAUCGGUCCCGUCCUCGGCCCCAUGAUCGGCUCCAUUAUCGUCAAGAGUCCCCUGCUGGGCUGGCGUUGGAUCUUCAAUAUUACGGCUAUCUUCACGCUGACAGUUGCUGUUGUCACGUACCCAGCUUUGACUGAGACGUAUUCCCCUAUUCUUCUAGAGAGACGAGCAAAGCGGAUGCGUCAUAUGACGCGUAAUUGGGCUCUACGGGCAAAAUCUGAAGAGCAAGAGAGCAGUCUCAAUGACAUUGUCGAGAAGUGUCUCUCACGUCCGGCAAAGAUGCUGUUUUUGGAGCCUAUUCUCUUGCUGAUGUCUACUUAUAUCUCUGUGGUUUUCGGGCUCAUGUACAUCUUCUUCCUCGCCUACCCAAUGUCCUUUGAACGCGAGCGCCACUGGGACUCCACCUCAGCCGGCCUCCCGCUCCUCUCCAUCUUGCUGGGCACGAUCCUCGGCGGCGCCCUCAUCAUCGCGACCGUCAACACCAAGCUGUCACCGGACCCCAAAGCCGGCCGCCCCCAGGAGAACAGGCUCUUGCUGAUGAUGAUUGGGACAGUUUGCCUGCCGGUGGGCAUGUUCUGGUUCGCAGCGACGAGUUCGCCGUCAACGGACCCCUGGCCCCAGAUCGUUGCGGGCGUUCCUAUCGGUAUUGGCAUCAUUUUGAUCAAUAUGCAGGGGAUGAAUUACAUUGUCGAUUGUUACGGGAUCAACUCCAACUCGGCGAUCGCGGCUAACACAUUCAUGCGAUCACUCUUCGCGUCUGGAUUCCCGGUUUUCGCCACAUACAUGUACACUUCCAUUGGCGUCGCUCGUGCAACCUCGUUGCUGGCUCUGUUCGGUGUGGUUCUGGCGCCCAUCCCAUUCCUCUUCUAUCACUACGGGGACAAGAUCCGAGCUCGUAGCAAGUGGUCGCCCUCAUACGGACGAUGA